AUGACAAGGGGUAACCAACGUGAACUUGCAAGACAAAAGAAUUUGAAGAAGCAGCAGCAAGACGCAAAAAGUCAAAAGAAAGCUGGGGACCCUAAAAAGCGCCUACAGUCUGACGCAGAUAUUUUACGUCAGAAACAACAAGCUGCUAAUGAACGAAAGGAACAGGAACUACUGGAGAAGUUAAAAGCUGAACGAAGCAAGCGUUAA